AUCCACUGUUGUAUCAAGAGACCAGACUGCCGUAGCAACGGUAGCAGCGACCCUGUUUUUCACAAGUUAAGACGAGACAAAAGCUUGUUUUCCCCUUUUAAACAAGUUUUAAGACUGAUCUUUAAUUGCCCAGUGUUUCGUUAUCAAUGAUGGCUAAAGAGCGAUAUCUGAAAGGGGAUGCAGCACCAUUUGCUAAAGAAAUGAAGCGGUUGGUGAACAGUAAAGAUUUCAGUGAUAUCAAGUUCAUCGUUGGAGAUUCCAGGAAGCAGAUCCGAGCUCAUCGUUGCAUUCUUGCCUCUCGCUGUGAGGUCUUCAGAGCGAUGUUUGCAGAUCUCAACAAUAGAGAGGAUUCACCGUACGUCAUGUCCGAUGUCGAUCCUGAUAUAUUCUUGGUCGUUCUAGAGUUCAUCUAUACUAACUGCGUUUCACUGAACACUAAGAACGUAUAUGACGUCCUAGCGUGUGCGAUAGAGUAUGGUCUGGAUGAGCUUCGUAGAGUGUGUGUCGGCUACCUCGCAGAGAGUCUCUCAGUCAACUCUUGCUGUGAGGCUAUGCAGGCUGCUGUUACGUACGGACAGGAAGACCUUCAAGUUAAGGCUCUGGCCUUCAUUGAAAAACAGACUCAGAUUGUGAUGAAAACCAGUGGGUUUCAACAACUAUCACCAGAGGCUGUGCGCUGUAUUCUUCAUAGCUCCAAGCUGACUGCUGAUGAAACUGAUAUUCUGACGGCCGUGAAGGAGUGGGCGGUUGUAAACGCAAGUGUUACGUGUCAACCAGUCCAUAAGGUCAUCCAGUCGGUUGUGAGGCAUGUCCGUCUGGCGCUCCUUGGGCCAGAGGAACUGGAGAAACUAGAGAAGGAGAACGAGAUGCAGCAAACUAUUCCUAUAUCUGCCAUAGCAGCAGCCUGGAAAUUUCAUGCUCUUCAUGAGUCUCGUCCGAGCGAUACCCAGACUCAGCUCCGUCGAGGAACAACGUCAAGACCAUCACACAAAGGAUUGAUUCCUUGGGACAAGUGAGAACUAAGCCUGGACAACUAGUGCAAUUACUAGUCAUGCCUCAAGACUAAUUUUUAAUAACCAAAGAUUGAAGGAUUGUGUCACUGAUGUCUGAUUUUGUUUCAUAUAUAAAUUAUGUUGUUGUAAAUAGUUUUGAGGGACACAAUUGGUUCACCAAACAGGAAGUUGUUACUUUUAUUUUAGUAGUUGUGGCAGCACGAUUAAUCGAGUAGUUGAAUACAGGUAGUCGCGACUUGACUGAGCAAUCAAUGAGCAACGACUUUGACACUAGUCGCACUAGCCGUCAAGGCUUCGUGACAACACUGCAUCAAGUCUUGAGAUACUUUAUGAGAGAGAGAGAAUUUCAUUUUAUUGUGUUUCGUGCUUUAUAUGAGAACACUUUUUCUUGUCACUUACAUGUACAACAAGCAAAUGUGUGUAGUUCUUCUUGCCACUAAAACACAUACACAAUGAAAUUGUACACAAUUUAUGAUUUAUAUUGCGUUUUAAAACAAACCUUGCUAACCCUUACUGAAUUUUAUAAAAAAUGCCCAUUUAUUUAGUAGAGCCUAGAAUAGCUUUAAUCGUUUAUACAGGACUCCAACUGCCUCUAGCUACCGGGCAAUCUCAGUGGUCUAGUUGGUAAGACACUGCUCUAGAAUUGCAAG